CUACUUCACCCUAGCUUCUCGCGAGUGAUAUCCAUGUGUGUUAACAUGACGGCGUGCGGGAGUGAGGGCGAGGGCGAGGCGGGCCUCACCGGAAACUUCUCGUGUCCCGUGUGCGAGGAGGUGCUCCCGGCCCAGCACGAAUUCACACAGCACAUCCGCAAGCACAACCACGUCAUCGAGACCGACAACGGCACCAAAGUGUACUGCUGCGGCAUCUGCAAGAAGCAGCUGAGCAGCAACAGCUCGCUGGACAGGCACAUGCUGGUACACUCCGGCGAGCGGCCGUUCCGCUUGCCACAUCUGCGGCACGCACUUCACCACCAAUGGGAACAUGCACCGCCACAUCCGGGGGCACUACCGCAACGCGGUGGCGGCGGCGGUGGCGGCGCGCGGCUCGGACACGGGCGACACGAAGUGGAGGAGGAGGAGCUGACGUGCCCCGCCUGCGGAGUGGAGCAGCCUAGUCAACACGCCCUCGAGCAGCAUGUGGAGAACAUCCACCCAGAGUACCAGGUGGCGUGCACCACCUGCCAGUGGGCUUCAAAAAACUACCGGGCGCUGCACCUCCACAACUCCAUGGUCCACCACACGUCCACAGCGUCGCCACCCCAGGUGGACCUCACCCUGACGGACUUCUCGAGCCCCAAGUUCCCGCUGAUCGCCAAGGAGAUCUGCGAGCGGACCGCGUGCACCAGCAGCCCGGGGAGGGGGUGGGGUGCACAGGUGCCAGUUGUGCCAUAUCACAUUCCCCUGCGCCGAGUCGUGGCUCAUGCACAUGCGCGAGCACGCCGCCGCCUCCACGGGGUCCGCCUCCUCCCUCAGGUGCCUCCGGUGCGACCUCAGCUUCUCCAACGUGGUCGAGCUGUCGCACCACCACCAGCGCCACCUGUGCGAGGAGCCGCAGCCGGGCAAGGAGGGCUUCCUCAGGGUGCUGGACCUCCUCAAGCAGCAGGAGGCCGAGUCCGCCUCCGCCACCUCCAUGGCAGCCUCCAUCUUCGCCAGCGGACUGGGGCCGCACCUGAGCAUGCAGCCCCCAGGCCAGCACUCGCCCGCGCCGGCAGACUCCGCGAAGGCGUCCCCGAGCACCCGUCCGCCGGCCGCAUCGCCGCCACAACCACGACCACCGCCAGCAGCGUGGCGCCUCUGCUGUCCACGGCGCCGGGGCUCUCGCACGACGAGCAGUUCGCGCGAGGCUACCGCGAGAUGAAGCUGAACGGCCAGUACCCGUGCAAGCUGUGCAAGGAGGUGUUCGCCAAUGCGCAAGCUGAAGUCCACAACCUGGUCCACAUGGUGGCUCCCCCGUACCGGUGCAACCUGUGCUCCUUCUUCAGCAACGACAAGAACACUCUGAAAGAACACAUGAAGAGCCACAAGGGCGACACGCCCUACGAGUGCAACCUGUGCAACCUUGCGUUCACAACCAAGGCCAACUGCGAGCGCCACAUCAAGAACAUCCACGGGCGCCAGUCGCACGAGGUCAAGGGCUGCAUGACGUACGUGCCGCAGGAGGAGGGCGCCAGCACCGACCGCUCCCUGGACACCGUGUGCCACAUCUGCCACAUCGACUGCAAGGCGCGGUCCGUGCUGCGCGACCACAUCCGCUCCUCGCACCCCGAGGGCAUGACCAAGCCCUUCUCGUGCAAGCUGUGCGGCGGCGCCUUCUCCUCCGAGAACGACGUCAUGCGCCACGUGAUCCAGCAGCACUCGGAGGCCGCCACGGGGCCCACCCUCGACAGCCUCGUUGUGAGCCAGGCCGCCCGCGACGACCACCAGGACCACCACGACCUCACGCCCGUCGAGUCGCUCCUCAGCUUCUCCAAGUUGCCUCUCACCGCGAUGCCCCUCACUACCUCCCACCAGCCGCCGCCGCCGGCGCUCCCUCUGCCCUUCUCGCACAACGCAGGAAUUCCCACGCCCUUGGUUCCUGGUCGCACGCUCACGCCGUCCGUCACGCCCACACUCACGCCGUGCCCAGCCAUGAACUCCAAGAGAGAGCAUGAGGAUGACAGGAAGGAGGAGGACGACGACGACGACGAGGAGAUCGAGGUGAAUGACGUGAAGUGCGAGCAGGUCGAGCCCGAGGACCUGUCUAAGCCACGCAAGGAGGAGUGCAAGGAGCCCGACGAGGCCAAGAGCCCCGAACCAACCCCUCACCAGUAUUCCUUCCUCAUGAACCCUUACAACGGCCUGCACCAUCCCGUGCGCAAUUUGGACCCCGCCUUCUUUGAGGAGUACCAGAAAGAGCUGAAGCGCGGCCUACAGCUGACGUCCGGCGGCGGGCUUCUAAGCGGAGGCUUCCUGCAGAGUUCCCCUUCGUUUUCGCUGUCGGCGCUGGCGAUGGUCGCCGCCCACCGCAACCCCUCCGCAUCCCCCGACCCGACAUCCGUUCCAGUGAAACCAGUCCACGCCCAUUUCCAAGCCUGGCGACGAGGAUGUGAUGCAUUUCACGAUUCGCAACUCCGUCCUCAUGAAAAAGCCCAAACAGCGCGGUACAGGACCGAGCGGCCGUGGAGAUGCGACCUGUGCGACAAGGGCUUCACUCUCCGCUCCAACAUGGAGCGACACAUGAAGCAGCAGCACCCCGACGUCUGGCAACACCGGCCAAGAGGAGUCAACACGCCCAGAGACAGUGAGAGAGCAGCUCAUCAUCAGAUCGAAAAGGACGCAGCUGAAGACAGAGGCGAGGAGGCGGAGCAGAGAGAAGAGGAAGAGAGGGAGCUAGUCAUUGAUGAUGGUCAUGAAGGCGAGGAGGAGGAGGAGGAGGAAGAAGAAGAGGAAGAUGAGGAGGAGGACGACGAGGACGAGGAAGAAGAGGAAGGCCAGGAGAGUAGUGGAGAGAAAAGUCGGGAAGACAGCAGUGCUGACCUCGCUAGCGUCACACGUUGCCUCUCAACUGCCUCCAGUCAGAGCUUCCCUUUUUUUGGCAGUGAGGGGGAGGAGGAAGUCCCUGGUGAAGAUGACUCCACUUCCUCCAACACAAUGUCGGAAGAAGCCAAGCGCAGUGCCUAUUCUUCGGCGCCACAAAAACAAAAAUGCCCUUUCUGCCAGAGAAAGUUCCCAUGGUCCAGUUCCCUUGUGCGACACAUCCGCACUCACACAGGACAAAAGCCAUACCUGUGCCCAGUGUGCCACUUUCCCUUCACCACCAAGUCCAACUGCGACCGCCACCUCCUGAGAAAGCAUCCCGACUCCCCACACACCCUCGGCGGCGACCGCCCUUACCGCUGCUCUAAGUGUCCGGGUGCAGCUUUCACCAGCCUCGAGAGCCUCCGCAAGCACGAAGUGUUCAAACACGAGAAGGCAAGCGACACGGCCAUCUCGAGGGACGACGCUAGACCGUUCCGCUGCCACGUGUGCGAAGUACCGCUUGCAAGUCGCGAGGUGGCAGUACAGCACGUCAAAGAAGCCCAUCCAGAAAACUUUCAGAAAAUUACUAGUAUAGAACCGGUCACAGCUGAGAACAACAACGACCCCCUUUCUCCAACGCCAGAUUCAACUACCACAGAGAGGGUGAGCUGUAUGUUCUGCCUGAAUCGAUAUUGGAGUCUUGCUGAAUUAAAGCAGCACGUUACAACCCAGCAUACAAACUCUUCACCUGUUUUGUCUGCUGUUGAGCAGAAAGAGGGAAGUUUGUCCUCGCCAGCAAUAAAGACUGAAAUUAAAGAGGAGCGCAAAGAUGAAACCGAAGGGUCUGACUUCAUCUCCAACCUCCUUGGAACAAGACGAGCAGUUGUCGAUCAUUUGCUGACAUCUAAAUCGGCGGAUGAUGCAGCGAAGCUCCUGGGGGUGCGAUAAUGCAUGCAGAA